AUGGUUGAAAUAGAGCCUACUGAAGCUAUAGCCAUCAAAGACAGAGGUCUUGUGGCUAGGUCAUGUUUCGCAGACUGGCAAGAUAUUCUUUUAAUGCUUGUGGGCAUUAGCGCAGCUGCAGCAGUUGGACUUGGACAGCCUGCUGUUAUCAUUAUCUUUGGACAGAUCACUAACAGCUUUGUGGCAACUGGCCAAAAUGUUCCUCUAGACAAGAAUAAUUCAGAGUGUCCAGCAACAGAUGUAGAAGCCCAGAUGACCACGAAUGCUUACUACUAUGUUGGACUUGGCUUUGGUGUGUUGGUGCUCAGUACCAUUCAGGUCUGGACCUUUUUGACUAGUGCUGCAAGACAAACAGCGAGGAUACGUGAUAAAUUUUUUUUUGCUGUUCUUCACCAAGAGAUGGCCUGGUUUGAUACCACCCAGAUUGGAACACUGAAUACCAGACUUACUGACGAUAUUAACACCAUUCAGGAAGGCAUUGGAGACAAGAUCAGUUUAAUAGUCCAGUUUUCUUCCACAUUUGUGGCGGGGAUUAUCAUAGGAUUUGUGUACGGAUGGAAGCUUACUCUUGUGAUUUUGGCUGUUAGCCCUCUUCUUGCUGUAGCUGGGGCUGUGUGGUCAUACCUUCUGUCCAAUUUGACUAUUAAAGAGUUGACAGCUUAUGCUAAAGCAGGUGCUGUUGCAGAAGAAGUCUUGUCUGCCAUCAGGACUGUUACUGCUUUUAAUGGACAGAAGAAAGCUGCCGCAAGGUAUGAUGCAAACUUAGAGGAAGCUAGGAUUGUUGGAAUGAAAAAAGCCAUCACCACCAAUGCUUCCAUGGGUGUCACCCAGUUUGUUAUAUUUGCAUGCUAUGCACUCGCCUUUUGGUAUGGAACUAAACUCACAAGGGAUGAGCCAGAGAACUAUGACAUUGGAAAAGUGUUAAUUGUGUUCUUUUCUGUGCUGAUUGGUGUAUUUUCCAUUGGACAAGCCUCCCCAAAUCUGGAGAGUUUGGCAAACGCUCGUGGUGCAGCCUAUGAAGUCUAUAAAAUUAUCAAUAAGCCCCGUUCCAUAGAUAGCAGCUCCACUGAAGGGUUCAAACCAGACAAGCUGAGAGGAGAGAUUGAAUUCAAGAAUGUCCAUUUUAGCUACCCUUCCAGGCCAGAUUCUCAAAUUCUCAAAGGUCUGAACCUAAAAAUCCAGCCAGGGAAGACUAUUGCUUUUGUUGGCUCCAGCGGCUGUGGGAAAAGCACAACAAUUCAGCUAUUGCAGAGAUUCUAUGACCCAAAUGAAGGAGAGAUUACCAUAGAUGGACAUGAUAUCCGGACACUCAAUAUCAAGUGGAUGAGAGAGAACAUUGGCAUUGUAAGUCAGGAGCCCGUUUUGUUUGCCACCACAAUAGCUGGCAACAUUCGUUAUGGCAGAGAGGAUAUAACGGAUGCUGAAAUUGAGCAAGCCGUCAAAGAAGCUAAUGCUUAUGACUUCAUAUCAAAACUUCCUGAUAAAUUCAACACUAUGGUUGGUGAAAGAGGAGCCCAACUGAGUGGAGGGCAAAAACAACGCAUUGCUAUUGCCCGCGCCCUAGCCAGGAACCCCAAGAUACUACUGCUGGAUGAAGCUACCUCUGCUCUGGAUACUCAGAGUGAAUCCAUAGUUCAAGCUGCACUUGAUAAGGCUAGAACAGGGCGUACCACCAUUGUGAUUGCUCAUAGACUCUCCACAAUCAGGACAGCUGAUGUUAUUGCUGGCUUUGACAAAGGUGUUCUUGUUGAACAAGGGACACAUAAUGAACUUAUGGAACAAAAGGGAGUCUACUAUGCUCUUGUAACGCAGCAGAGUUUUGGAGGGGAUGUUCAUGAGGAUGAAACAUCAGAAGAGGGGACAGAGUAUGAGACUGAUGAUGAUAACGAAACAUGUGAGGAAGAUGAUAUAAAUUAUUUGGAGCCAAACGGCUUGGGAAAUCCUAUCACAGAAAUGUUUAGAAGGGACACCUUGGAAGAAAAGCUGCCUGAGGUGCCUUAUUCCAGAAUCCUGGCUCUGAACAAGCCCGAGUUUUGUGUAAUUGCAGUUGGUGUCAUUGCUGCUGCCGUUGGCGGUUGUGUUACUCCCGUGUUCGCAAUUUUGUUUGGAAAAAUCAUUGGGACGUUUGGAAAAGAUCUUGAAAAGAACAGCCAAGCCACAGUGUUGUAUUCUCUGAUGUUUCUUGUACUGGGAGUGAUCAGCUUAGUAACAUAUAUCCUCCAGGGACUCAUGUUUGGGAGAUCUGGGGAAGCUCUCACUAUGCGGUUGCGAUCACUUUCAUUCAAAGCAUUGCUUCAACAGGAAAUUGGAUGGUUUGAUGACCAUAAGAAUGGUAUUGGGGUUCUGCUAACCAGACUUGCUACAGAUGCUUCUCAAGUCAAAGGAGCAACAGGAAGUCGACUGGGCUUAUUAACUAUGACUAUCUCUACCCUCCUUGCUGCUAUUAUUAUCGCUUUUGUACAUGGCUGGCAAUUAACAUUACUCAUCCUGGCCUGCAUUCCUUUUGUUGCGAUUGCAAAUGCUAUUAGAUUUCGAUCAAUGACUGGUCAUGCAUCAAAGGAUCAAAAAGCCCUUGAAGAGGCCGGAAGAAUUUCAACAGAAACUGUAGAAAACAUACGAACAGUGGUUGCAUUAACAAGAGAAGACAGAUUUUUUGAGCAAUAUCAAACAAGUUUAGCGGGUCCAUACAGGGACUCAUUGAAAAAAGCUCCACUUGAUGGGUUUACAUACGGAAUAUCCCAGUGUGCCAACUUUUUUAUAAAUGCUGCUAUUUUCAGAUUUGGAGCAUGGCUUAUUGCCCAUUGUCUCAUGGACUUUGAACAACUCUUUAUAGUCUUUGCUUCUGUGAUUUUUGCUGCUAUGAAUGUUGGGCAGUCUAAUUCUCUUGCACCAGAUUUUGGCAAAUCAAAAGUUUCUGCUCAAAGAAUUUUUCAGCUUUUGGAUCGGAAACCUUUAAUUGAUAGCUACAGUGAAGAAGGUGACGAACUGGCAAAAUUUGAAGGCAACAUUGAAUUUAAGGACAUCCAUUUUGUAUAUCCAACCAGAACAGAAGUUCAGGUUUUGCAAGGACUCAAUCUAAAGGUUAAUAAAGGGCAGACUCUGGCAUUGGUGGGGAGCAGUGGCUGUGGAAAAAGCACCUCCAUUCAACUUCUGGAGAGAUUUUAUGACCCAGGAUCAGGACAUGUGUUUAUAGAUGGAGUGGACACUAAAUCUCUGCGAAUACAGUGGUUAAGAUCCCAGCUGGGACUUGUGCAACAGGAGCCUAUUCUGUUUGACUGCAGCAUUGCAGAGAACAUCCAGUAUGGAGACAACAGCAGAGUUGUCAGCCAGGAGGAAAUUGAAGAAGCGGCCAGAGCUGCUAAUAUACAUAAUUUUAUACAAAAUCUCCCAGAGAAAUAUAAUACUCGAGUAGGUGAUAAAGGAUCACAGCUUUCUGGAGGCCAGAAGCAAAGAAUAGCCAUUGCCCGUGCCCUUGUCCGUAAACCAGCAAUUCUACUCUUGGAUGAAGCCACAUCUGCCCUUGACACUGAAAGUGAAAAAGUUGUCCAGAAGGCCUUGGACAAUGCCAGAAAGGGUCGGACAUGCGUUGUUAUUGCUCACCGGUUGUCCACUAUCCAGAAUGCUGACAUCAUAGCAGUCAUCCAAAACGGCAAAGUGAUGGAACAGGGAACUCACACGCAACUGCUAGCAAUGGAAGGGUUCUACCAUACAUUGGUCAAUGCACAUGUGCCCCAUUAG